GCCAAGUACGAGUCGGACGAGCUUGCAUCCGGCUCCGAAGAUGAAAAGCGUCUUAAGAAGGCAAGAGAAGCGCCGAGCCGCAAGAGACGUCAAAAGAAACAACUCUCUAGUGAUCGUGGAAAGAAACCAAGAAUUGCUUUGGGCGCUGAUAAUCAGCUUUUUCGUGGUAAGAAAAAGAGCCUCCUCUUUACUUUGUAUAUUCAUGUGUUUUGGAUCCGCUUGCGCAUCCUACCAUAUUUCUCGUGUGAUUUGUUUGUAUUACGGGAAUUAAUUUAAGGGUAAAAUGAUUUACGUUCGUUUGAGCGAAGCGAAUUAGAACGUAAAUGUAUUUUCCGCUGUUAUUCCAAGUAAUUAGUCGCAGUUGUUUUCGUUUCACACCUGCCGUACCCACUAUUGUGCAUUCUGUUUUACAUGGAUGUCCUGAUUGGCCAGUUAUUAGUACUUAUACUCUCCGCUGUCUCUUGAGUACCAUUAACGGUCGCGGUUCCAUACAGUUUAUUCAUCUUUCUGGCUUACGCCCCCCCCCUCCCGUUUACUACAGGUUUCGUCAUUGCUUUUAUCUUUCAGGCCGUAGAGACACUUCUGGCGACUUCUUUCGCUGUUUCAAAUGCGGCAAAUUUGGACAGACUGGGCCAAGGACUCUAGAUCCAUGUUCUGGCCGACAGCUACCAGUCCCUUAGCUACAAUUCUUGCCCUGGAAGGGGGGAUUUGUAUAAUGGGGGUUUUGUUGUCAACGAAGACAAAUCGGUAUGGGAACCCACCCAAGUAUUGGACUGGUUGGGUAUAACCUGGAAUUCUGCACUGGGUACUUUAAAAAUUGUAGAAAGAAGAAUUGUUAAGAUCAUUAAUACAAUUGAUCAUAUUAUUGAAGCCGAUUUCAAAGUGUCUGCGAGAGAGAGUUGGCCUCCUUUACAGGUCAAAUUAUUUCUACCGGACCUGUAGUUGGUAACAUUGGUAGGAUAAUGACCAGACAUUGUGUCUUGUCCACUUUGUGCAAAGAUAACUGGGAUUCUAUAUUCCGUCUCGACGAUUACUGCAAGGAAGAACUGUAAUUUUGGAAGGAAAUAGUUGUUGAUGUCAACACUAGGUAUUGCUUUGUAAGUAAAGAUCCUAGUUAUUUUGUAUAUUCGGAUGCCAGUGCUACCGGAGGUGGAGCAAUUAUUGACUUUAACAAUGAUUUGUGUACCAAAAAAUGUGGUCGGAGAACGAGAGAGUUCAAAGUUCCAGGUGGAGGGAGUUGUCUGUUAUUGAGUUUUCAUUGCAAUCAUUUGCCUCAGUGUUGGGAGGAUCACACGUUAAGUAGUUUACUCAUAGCCAAGAAGCUGCUAAGAUUGUUGAAGUGGGCAGCGUGA